UGACGCUGCCUGUCAGGGGCUUUGCAGCACUGGGGCGAUUCACGGCGGAGUUAGAGGAAGUUACUGGGAGCAGCGGUGCUACUAUGUAACCUUACGCGAGUCGGACGGCAGAGACGCGGGAGAGAAGAGGGCAGCAGCAUUCAUGGAUAUUGUGGAGACCUCAAACCAUCUAAUACCCAGUGACCAGUUGGACGACUCCCUGACUGCGGGUCAGAACUCCGAGUGUGAAGCCAGUAAUGAGCUAGGGUCUGGACUCCAGCUGGACGAUUCACUGAAGAACAUGCUCAGUGACAAAGAUCCCAUGUUUGGAUGUGCCAGCUCUCAGUUCAAUCUGCUGGACAACGAGGAGUCUGCUUUUCCGGCUGCCACCUCCACAGGUCCUGAGGAUGGUUCAGCACCCACAGGUCUCAGCAGUGAAAUGACAGUUGAAGAGACCAAACCAGUGAAGCGUCCUGUUGGCAGGCCGAAGAAACGUCCACAUCAUUCAGUACAAGAAAAUAGUGAUGGCCCACAACCCGCUAACACAUCCAGCAACAUCAUUACCCGAGGACGACCUGGAAGGAAACCAGCCGACAGGCUAGAAAAGCCGUGUCUCAUUGAGAAACAAAUUAAAGGCACAGAACUAAAGAAAGAAUUAACUGAAGGAGGACGCAUCAACGUAAAUAAUCUUGAUGGAGGACGAUGGCUGAAUCCUACGGUCGUACUGAGACGGUUGACAGUCACAAUUGGAGGAUUCAAGAUUGAGUUGCUUCCAGGACCCUCUUAUACACAAGACGUUGAUACAAGCCAGGCCGUGUGCCUUGAGGAGGAUAUGUUGCCCGUCGUGGACAAAGGUUUGACCGUGUUGCCGGCUGAUGCUGUCAAUGUACAGAAUCCCAUAGCUGAGAGUGUGGCUGAGAGUGUGGCUGAGAGUGUGGCAGAGAGUGUGGCUGAGGUGGAUGUGAGUGAGAAGAGCACUGCUGAUGAUGUAGUCCAUGGGCUGGGCCCCUAUGUGAAUCCCAAUGAUGUGCAGACCUCCAAUGGGACAUUAAAAGGGAACCCGUCCACACAAGAGACAAAGCUUGACAAUCAGAGUAUUCCUGAAGAGCAAAAGCCAGUGAGUAAUGAAAAAGAAGAUAUUAAUGAGCCACAAUGCAACGAGAACGACCUAACUACUGUUAGUAAGACUGACGGUAAAGAAAAGGAACUGAAUGUGGUGAAAAAUCCACUUAAAUCUAAACAAGGACUGACUCCUACCAAGAAUAAGGACUUGGUUUCAUGUAAACCAAAAACCGUGAUUACAGAGCCUAAAGUAUCACAAAAUCCAUCGCCAUCGAAAAUCAUCCCAAGAGGUGACCUGCACAAAAAUAAACCUCUAAAGGACAAGAAAGAAGUUGCGCCUUUGAAAAGGCCUGCAGAAAACGCCCAAAGUGAGCAUGCUUCUAAAGUGCAAAAGACACAAAGCACAGGAGACACUAAAGUGAAGCCAAAAGUACCAAUUCCAUCUAGCUCAGCAUUAAAGAAGAGCCCACCAUCUGGCAACCGUGUUGGUGAUCAGCAGCCGCCGACCAAACAAACACCCGCUCCUAAUAAGUCUAAAGUUGAGUCUGCUCAGCCAGUGCACAGUCGUCCAAGCCAUACGUUAAAAACACCUGAAGAGGGAGGACAGGAAAAGCCCAAACUGAAAAAGCCAGAAAAGAUCCUUCAGAGACAGAAAAGUAAAAGUGUAAGAAGCAUGUCUGUGGACGAGCCGCAGCUCUUCAUCCCAGAUAACGCUCCUGUUACGAAGAAGGAAGCGGCCGAGGAGCAGCCUGCGAACAGUGACAACGUGUGGGAUGGAAACAACUGCUGUGGCCUGUGUAAAAAACACCACAAUAACACGUUCAUGGUGGGCUGCGGUCGCUGCGAAGACUGGUUCCACGGUGACUGCGUCGGUCUCGACUUGACAAAAGUACGUGAAAUGGAGGAGGAGGACCAGAUGUAUGUUUGCCUGAAGUGCUGUGACGAAGAGAGCAGAAAGGUGGAGCCUGAGCCCCCGAGCGCACCCAAACCAGAAGUUCCAGCAAAGACUGAGGUCCUGGACCAGAAGCUGCCUCCCAAACCCAAACCAGAACCAGGAUCCUCCCAGAGCCUCACAUCAGGGGGAGUCAGACCGGUAAGAAAGGAUCCCGACAGAAGGCCGUCUGCAGAUGCCAGAGAUGGAGCUUAUAAAACAGGCGUUUCGCUGAAACAAGAGGCAAAAAGUAAAACUUCGGCUUCAAAGAAACCCGUGUCCGUGGAGGCCAUCAGACGGAGUGUGCGUGAUUCUCUGAAAGAAAUCCUUACACAGAGGUUGAAGGAGUCUGAUCUGAACAUCUCAGUGGAGCGGGCUGCUGAAGUCGCCAAGAAGACAGAGAGAGAGCUUUUUCACUUGUAUAAAGACACUGACAACAAAUACAAGAACAAGUACAGAAGCUUAAUGUUUAACCUCAAAGAUACUAAAAACAAUGUCCUCUUUAAGAGAGUUCUCGAAGGGGAAAUUUCACCCAGUAACCUAAUUCGAAUGAGUCCUGAGGAACUGGCCUCGAAAGAAUUGGCUGCUUGGCGACAAAGGGAGAACCGACAUACAAUUGAGAUGAUUGAAAAAGAUCAAAGAGAGGCCGAGAGACGACCCAUCACUAAGAUCACACACAAGGGCGAAAUUGAAAUCGAAAGUCAAGAACCGCAAAAAGCGCCUGAGCCUGAAGAGAUGGAGUCUUCCCCCAAAUUGACUGAAGUCUCGACAGAACCUCCCAAAACCCCAGAGGACAAAGCGGAGAACACCAAGACUGAUAAAGACACUACAGGCCAACACAAGUCUCAUUUAUUUGACCUGCACUGCAAAAUCUGUACAGGUCGUAUGGCACCCCCUGUGGAGGAGGCCCCUACCAAAGUGGUCAAGGUCGCUACCACCGUUGUCAGGAGGCAGUCCACCAAAUCAGAAGAGACAAAAAGCACAGCAGGACCCGCACUUGAGGACGACCUGCACCUCACAGUUUUAGAGGAGAGCUUCAGAAGCACUCGGCCAGGCUAUGAAUCCAGGUCGGAUCAUGUAGCUGGAAGAGAUGAAGAGGCCUUGUUCCUUUCCGGCCUGCAGUCCCUGUGGCGAGGAUUCAUCCACAUGCACUCUGUGGCAAAGCUCGUGACUAAAGCUUUCCCCGUCUCGGGCAAUCUGGAUAAUGCGACUGAGGACCUGCCAGACAGCAUUCAAGUUGGCGGCAGGAUAAGUCCACAGAUGGUGUGGGACUAUUUGGACAAGAUUCGGGCAAGUGGAACAAAAGAGGUGUGCCUGAUUCGCUUCUCCCCCGAGUCGGACGAAGAUGAGAUCUCCUACACGCUCUUGUUUGCCUACUUCAGCAGUCGUAGGCGUUUCGGGGUGGUGUCUAAUAACCGGAAACAAGUGAAGGACAUGUAUCUGAUUCCCUUGGGUGCCGCUGAGAAAGUUCCACAUCAGCUUGUUCCCUUUGAUGGGCCAGGUUUAGAAAACAACCGGCCCAACCUUCUUCUCGGACUCAUAAUUCGCCAGAGAUCAAAAAGGGACUUUCUUCCCGUGGACUUGAAUGAAACUGGGAGGAUUAUUCCUGAAAUCAAACCCAUCACCGUUUCCGCUCAAGAAACCAGGACAACAGUGGAGGAUGAGAAAUUGUUUCUCUCUUCCUUGACGACAGUGCACAAAAAAGAGAAGGACAAACCACUUAACACCACUGAGGCUGUUGAUGAGCCUGUUAAAGAGGCUCUUGAAGAACCAUCAGCAUCAGAGGAGCCCACCAAUCAGGAGCCACAAAAACCACUGCGCUUUCUUCCAGGUGUGUUACUGGGCUGGGGUGGGGAAUUGCCACCCCUGCCAGAUUUUGGAGGAAAACCUGCACCGGCAGCAGACGACACCCCUAAGACCCAACCACCUUCAAAAACGGAGGCAUCGGCUGGGAUCACCAAAAGUCCAACAGCUGCUGCCCAACGAGAGCGCUUUGUCAUCAAGAAGAGAGAGCCGAAAGCUGCUAAAGCUGAACCAGAGCUCUCCAGCCCGACUGAUACAUCUGCUGCUCACAACUCGUCAGGGAAAGAUGCUGCAGUGGUGACCCACACUGCGCAUAUCUCUCUGAAAGAUAAGCCUCCAGAUGUACCGACUGAAGCGUUCCUGGCAAGCCUAUCAGCGGCUCCAAGCGGGACUGAAACUAGCAUUGCUGCCUCCGCAAACAAAGGCGAUGCCGGCCUUUUGUCUGAAACCGUAAAAGGAGCGACUGAAGGGAAUUCUUUGUUGCAAUCAAAAUCCCAAACUGCAACAGAUCACACAAAUAGCUCAAAACCUCCUUUAAGUGGAAUAUUGAAGAAGUCCUCAGCUUAUUCCAGUGUAAUUGAAGAUAAAACAACGGUGCUACAAAAGGAGAAAGUCAGCCAGCCAGCGACUUCAAGUCCUAAACCUGUUCCUGUGCCGAGCAGCGCUAGGAGUGAUCCACUUACAACAUUUCACCAAGGAUAUUUACAGCUUUCACAGGCCAAGAACAAGCCUGAGGAACAAAACCAAUCUGCUGUUCAAUCGUGCUCCCCUAAAAAGGAAGAUCCUGCCAUGUCCCAGAGUGGUGCUGCUGUAACACCAACAGUAUACCCUCCUGCAGUACAGGGACCACCAGCAGCACCAGCUUUCCCAGCAUACAACAGUGCAGAAGCACCUCUCCCACUACAACAGCCUCAGGUACCUGGCAGCUACGACUACCCGAGUGUCCCUCCUGCUAACACCUUCUCGACACCAAACACCCAGGAUCAGAAUCACAGUACGACGUGCGAUCAGGACAGCACCUCGCAUGUUCCUGAACCUCAGUCACAGUACUCUGAGAGCUACUCUGAACUAUCUGAGCAACCUCCAUCCCUGGCCAAAGACAACAAGCGUCCAGAGGAGCGAUACAGCGACCCGUGGGCGAGGCCGCGGACCACAGAGGACAGAGACCACCACGGGCGGCACAGCCACCACAGGGACGCCCAUCACGGGAAAAAGAGCCGACACCAAGACCGGGAGCGGGAGAAAAAGUACGAUCGUGGCUCGGAUGACAAGCACAGGGAGAGGAGCAGGCACCACGGACACUCAGAGGACCGUCACGCUGAGAAGAGGAAAGAAAGGCACCACAGCGACGACUACAGCAGCCGCAACAAGGACAGACACAGACACAGACGGGACUCUGAUUAUGAGAAUGGACGGAGAAGUUCAAAAGACAGUUACUCGUAAUUAUUAUUGUUAUUUUUAUUUUAAAGCAGCAUAGAGCUAGAAAGACUGUCACAGCUUGUUUGUUUUAUUCACCAGCCUGCGGCUUAUAAGCCACUUUCUUCAUAGAAGUUCCAUUUUGCAUUAUACAUCCAAAAUGACAUAAUUUAGUCUUCUGACCCAGAAGAACUCAACAUCGGAACAUUUUUCAAAUUUUUAACCUUUUACUGUUCAUGUAUUAUUCACAUUAAGCUGCUGUACUGACUACAGACGACCGAUUCAUGUUGUCAUUGUCGUGGUAACAUACAACACGUGUGUGUGUGGACCAUUUGGUGAGAAGUUUAAGUUGAGCAUAUUGAAUGAAUGUAAGAGGAAACAUUUCACUAAGGAUGGCUCUAAACAGCAGCUUUGCUUUUUUUUCAACUUCAUUUCUUUUAAAUUGCUUAAAUAUUUUAUAUACUUACUUUCUAUUGAAAAAAGUAUGUACAUUUUGGCUUGUAUAAAUUAGAGAUGAAGUGUGCCUUUGCACCGUGUGUUUAUGUACAGUUCGUAAUAAAGCUAAUCCUUUUUUUAUUGUUGAUUAUAAAAA